CCGGUCCCCUUCCAGACGUACGGUAUAGCCAUCUUGUCCAGCGGAGAAAGACGAGAAGUUUCUGAAGCCGGGGCAGGAUUUUCCACUCAUUCACGUGAAAUAUUGCUGUGCUAUUAACGUUCCAUUUCUUAAUGCGUCGUUAAUAAUCGCAGCGAACUACAUACUGUUUGUUUUAAUGGCGUAAAGUCUGAAGAAGGCGCCGGAUUGUUGUUCGUAUCGAAGCACGACCGACCGCGUUAGCUUGCGCUCGUUAGCCGCUCAGCCAGUGCUGCGCUCCUCGGUAGGACAUGAUGGCCAGCAACGCCGUGGCCGCGAACCCGCAGCAGACCCAGGUCGUGAAUAAACCCGCUGGCUCGGGUAAACACGGCAACGUGCUGCCUCUGUGGGGGAACGAGAAGACUAUGAACCUGAACCCGAUGAUCCUGACCAACAUCCUGUCAUCUCCCUACUUUAAGGUGCAGCUGUACGAGCUCAAGACGUACCAUGAGGUCGUGGACGAAAUAUACUUCAAGGUGUCUCAUGUGGAGCCUUGGGAAAAGGGAAGCAGGAAAACGGCAGGCCAGACGGGCAUGUGUGGAGGGGUCCGUGGGGUCGGGACUGGAGGCAUAGUCUCCACUGCGUUUUGCCUGCUCUACAAACUGUUCACUCUGAAGCUGACUCGUAAGCAGGUGAUGGGACUCAUCACUCACACUGACUCUCCCUACAUCAGAGCCCUAGGCUUCAUGUACAUAAGGUACACUCAACCACCUGCGGAUCUCUGGGACUGGUUUGAGUCGUUCCUCGAUGACGAAGAGAUCUCCCUUGUGCAGCAGGAACUGGAUGUAAAGGCUGGAGGCGGUUGUGUCAUGACCAUUGGGGAAAUGCUACGUUCUUUCCUCACCAAGCUGGAGUGGUUCUCUACAUUGUUCCCACGCAUCCCUGUUCCAGUCCAGAAGGCGAUCGACCAGCAGAUAAAGAGCCGGCCAAGAAAGCCCCCACAGAAAGAGAUUCAGGAAGAGUCCACCCAAGAGCCAUCACGACAGGCCAACCAUCGGCGCUCCAGGACUCCACGAAGAACACCAAGUCCACGGCGAUCACCCAAUAGGUCACGAAGCCGGAGCCACCACCGGGAUAGGAACAGAGCAAGCUUUGACCGGGAGCUAGAGAGGGAGAGGGACCGGCAGAGGAGGGAGAGGGAGGGUAAGGACCGUGAUCAUGACAGAAGGGAUCGGGCAGGCAAAGAGCAUCGCCACUCCCGCAGCCCUGACCGAACUGUAGAACGACGGCGCAGUCGGAGCAAAGACAGUCGACGGAGCCGUAGCAUCAGCCGGGACAGGAGAAAUGACCGCAAAGAGAGGGAGGCUGAAAGUGAUCGUGAGAGGAGAAGAGACCGUGACCACAAUAGAGACCGGGUAAGUGAUAGGGAGCGGUCCAAAGACAAAGGAGCCAAAGGAGAUGUGGAGGAUCGGAAGCAUGAGGACAAGCACAGGGAAGAGCGCAGAAUGAGGAAGAGUAGUCGGAGUAAAAGUAGGGACAGGAAGAACAAGCGCAGUCGAAGCAGGGAACGUUCACGCAAGCGCAGCCAGAGCAGGGAAAAGGCAGACAAGCGGAGUCGGAGCAGGGAGAGAUUGGACAAGCGCAGCAGGAGCAAGGAGAGGUUACGACACCGCAGCCGAAGCAGGAAGAGAUCUCGGCACCGCAGCCAGAGCAGGGAGAGGGUACACAAGCGCAGUCGGAGUAGAGACAAGGCAGAAAAGCGCAGCAGGAGCACGGAGCAGUUAGCCAAGCGUAGCCGGAGCAAGGACAGAGCAGAUGACCAUAGCCAGAGCAGGGACAGGUCAGCCAAGCGCAGCCGAAGCAAAGACCGAGCUCACCGCCGAGAUAACAGUGAUGUGAAGGAAGACCAACGCCGACGAAGUGAAAGUGCGGACAGAAGGGGCAGAAAGGAGAGGAGCAGAGAGAAGUCAGCCUAAUUUAUCAGUCUUAUUUUAUUGUAUAGUAUGUUGCUGGUGUCCGAACAACUUGCACAUAAAUUCCUUCUCCUCUCUUCAUCCUUUGUUGCUUUUUUUUGUAGUUGGAAUGAGCCUUUCUCAUCAAUCCAUUUUUCCAACAUGCUCAGAAUUUUUUGUAAAUAAGUCUGAGAAUGUUUUAAAACUUGCUGGAACAACCCCUCCAUCUGUUCAUAUGUACCAGACACAAAUGCUAGGGAUGUUUUGUGUGUUUGGUUCAUUGCUCGG